AUGGAAAUACAAAAUCCUUUUCAAAUUGCAUGGGAUAAAAAUGCGUCCCAAUCAUUUCCAGAAUAUUUUUUUGCAAAAAUUCCAAAUCAUGGAAGCAAUUUGGCGAUUGUGAGUUUCAUUUAACUUUCUAAUUUUCUAAUUAAAUCUCAUAAUAACAUAUUUUCCAGGUUGAUGUGGAUACUGGAAAACAGUGGAGAUAUUCAGAAUUACGAAACUGGUGUGAAAUGUGUACGAAUCGUUUGAAAGAAUUACAAGUUACAACAAAUAGCCGAGUAGCGAUUAUUACUGGAACUACUGGUCAAUCAAUUUUUGUACAUCUUGCUUGUUCAAUUAUUGGUUGUAGUGCGGUAGCAGUAAAUGGUUGGAGUAAUGUUGAUGAAAUUUGGACAUUGGUUGAUUUGUCCGAAUCAACACAUCUUAUAGUGGAAUCACAAUUCAUGCAGAAGGUAAUUACUUUUAACAUUAUCCAGAAAAAAAAAUGAAUAAAUUCUUAUAGGCUGAUGAUGUUCGCAGAAAAGCGCAGAUGAGAGGAGGUGGAAGAAUCAAACAUGUCAGACUUAUCGAAGAUGUUUUAACUUCAGAGAGAAUUAAUGUAGAUGGAAAUAGAAAACGAUCAAUUGAUGUCAAACAAAAGUCAGUUCAAAGAUCUUGAAAACAUUGCAUUUUAUUAAAUUCUGUUACAGACCUCCACUUGUUAAAGAAUUGUCCUCUGCAAAAAUGUGAGUGUGAUAUUUAAAAGAAAUUGUGGGAUUUUUAAAGCGAAUAUUUUUAAUGGAUUUCAUAACUGUUUUUUUUAAAUUUCAAAAACAAAAAAAUCGUCGAUUCAAUAAUAUUAAAAUAUUUCAAAAUUAAAACUAGCACAUUACAUAGAACAUCAUGAAAUAUCAUAAUAAUGUCAAGAAAUCUAUUUAUUAUGUUCAAAAUCACUGCUUACCUACAGUUCAAAAUAUAUUCAUGUUUAGAAAUGUCGCAUCUACACUACCCGAAGAUGUAUCUGAGCUAGUCUCUCCAAUUUCGGAAAUGUCAGUUGGAACAAAAGAUUUAAAUGGAGAUGCAGAUGGUAAUUCGCAAGAUCAAGAUGAAGCUCAAACACCAAUUCAACCACCAACUGGAACAAAUCCAUUUUUAAUUUUAUUCACAAGUGGAACAACUGGUCUCUCAAAAGCCGCUGAAUUAUCACACCGUUCACUAAUAAUCAAUAUUCAACAAAUAAGCGUCUCACUGUUUGGGCCAGUUCAAGCAAAAGAGAAAUUCUUACUUCCACUUUCUACUGCACAUAUUUUUGGCGUUAUUUCUGCUUAUUAUGCGCUUAUCAAUGGCGCAACUUUGUAUCUUUUGUCAAAACAAUCAAAUCGAUUGUUUAUGGAAACUCUUGUUAAUAAUCAAGUAAGUUUCAUUUCGAAGUUAGACAAUUCGUUAGAUUUGAACAAUAAUUUUAAUAGAUAAAUGUAAUGCACAUCACUCCGGCAAUUGUUCAUUGGCUGGCUACAGAUCCAAUUGUUGAAGAAUAUCGAGCUCCACAACUUCGUAGUGUUUUAUGUGCCGGAGCCCCAAUUGAUUCAAAUUUAGCAAAUAUUGUGAAACAGAAACUUGCAAUCAAAGACUUCCGACAAUGUAAGUCAAGAAGCACAAAAACCAAAUAAAUUAUAAUUGUUUUCCAGGUUUUGGAAUGACCGAACUUGGUGGAAUUUGCACAAUGAGCCCAUACCUUGAUGAUAAAAUUGAAUCGGUUGGAAAUCCACUUCCUGGUAUGCUUUUCAAAGUGGUAAACUGGGAGACUAAACAAUUAUGCGCUCCAAGACAACCGGGGCAAAUUGUGGUUCUUGGCCCGCAAGUUAUGCCAAGUUAUUAUAAAAAUCCAAAGUCUACUUCAGAAUUGCUAGAUGCUUCUGGUUUUGUUAGAACAGGUAUUUGAAAAAAAAAUCAAUAAAAAAAGGAAAAAUUAAUUUAGGAGAUGCUGGUUUUUAUGAUGAAGUUGGACGAAUUUAUGUGCUAGAUAGAAUAAAAGAUAUUAUUAAAUGUAAAGGAACAUUGGUGAGUGUUUUCUUUUUCUUUUGAAAAUAAUAUGUUUUAAUUUUGUAGAUUUGCCCUUCGGAAGUUGAAUUGAUAUUGCGUGCACAUCCAGGUAUCGAUGAUUGUGCAGUAGUUGGAAGACAAGAUCAUGUGACCGGCGAGGUCCCGGCUGCAUUCGUAGUUAAAAAUUCGAAUAGUCCUCUUCUUGCUUCGGCUGAAGUUCGUCAAUAUGUAUCGGGAAAAAUUGCUAGUUUCAAAGAGCUUCGUGGUGGUGUCUUCUUUAUUUCGGAAAUUCCAAGAAGUAUUUGCGGAAAAAUUUCGAGAAAAAAUUUGCGGCAAUUCUGGGAUCGUGAACGAACUAAUUCCAAGGUUCUCAAUUAUUUCCAAGAGAAAAAUCAAACAAGUUUAUUUUAGGUUGACAACUUGACGAAAGACACGAAAAGUGCAGCGGCGGCUUCAAAAGCAACACCAGUCAAAAAAGUGAAUGGCAACGCAGCUGGUAACCGUCGUCCGCCAUCAGCUGGUAGACCACCCAAAAAAUGA